AUGGGUAGAAAAAAUAAAAAUUCCAAACAAUCUUUGUCCUCAAAAAAAAACCAGCGUGCAAAAGAAAUUGAAUAUAUCAAAAAUCUUGAAGCUCAAAUAAACGAUUUCAAUCCAAAUGAUUCGCUAACAAUCUCAAAUAUUUCUCAAUUCUCUCAGUUGCCAAUAUCAAAGGAAACUCUCAGAGGUCUUACAAGUGCAGGCUUUGUGUCUCUCACUGACAUUCAAAAGAAAUCAAUUCCAGUUUCCCUAAAAAACUUGGAUAUUCUAGCUUCCGCAAGAACUGGCUCUGGAAAAACAUUGGCCUUUCUAAUUCCUAUAAUCGAAAAACUAUACAGGAACCAAUGGACUGAAUAUGAUGGUUUGGGAGCUCUAGUUCUAUCCCCCACGAGAGAACUAGCCAUGCAAACAUACGAAGUACUAACAAAAAUCGGCAAGUACAACUCAUUCUCUGCUGGUUUGGUUAUGGGUGGUAAAGAUUUGAAAUUCGAAAAAGAUCGUAUCUACAAAAUGAACAUCUUAAUUGCCACUCCUGGUAGAAUUUUACAGCAUUUGGAUCAAUCUGCUGGUUUAGAUGUAUCAAAUUUACAAAUUCUAGUUUUAGACGAAGCUGAUAGAAUUCUAGAUAUGGGUUUCAAACUGGCUUUAGAUAGUAUUUUGAACCACUUGCCUCCAACCAGGCAAACUUUGCUCUUUUCAGCAACACAAACAAAAUCGAUUACUGACCUAGCUAGAUUGUCUUUAAUUAAUCCUCAAUACGUUGAUACUGACAAUUUAUCAAAUCAGAAACCACUCAACUUAACAAAUGAAAACACCACCACCACCACCAACAACAACAAUCAAAUCCUAUCUGCAACCCCACAAUCUUUAGAACAGAGCUACAUUAUAGCAGAAUUGCAGGAUAAAUUGAACAUCUUAUGGAGUUUUAUAAAAUCACAUUUAAAAUCAAAAAUUAUUGUGUUUUUUUCCACAUCAAAACAAGUCCAUUUUGUUUACGAGUCUUUUAGAAAAUUGCAGCCUGGAAUAUCUUUAUUAAAACUCCAUGGCAGACAAAAGCAAACUUCAAGAACUGAAACAACCUUUAAAUUUUCAAAUGCUCAGUAUUCCUGUCUUUUUGCAACUGAUGUCAUUGCAAGAGGCAUUGAUUUUCCAUCUGUUAACUGGGUUAUUCAACUAGAUUGCCCGGAAGAUGUUUCCACUUAUAUCCAUAGAGUUGGCAGAUCUGCUAGAUUUGGCAAAUCUGGAAAAUCUUUGUUAUUUCUUUUACCAUCAGAAUCAAAAUUUAUCGACAACUUGAAAGCAAAAAGCAUUACAACUAUAAAACAAUUGAAUAUAAAACCGUCAAAGCAAAAAACUGUUCAAAAAGAAUUACAAGGUUUAUGUUUUAAAAAUCCAGAAUUAAAAUACUUAGCUCAAAAGUGUUUUAUAUCAUAUUUCAAAUCAAUUUACACUCAAAAGGAUAAACAGGUUUUUCAAUUUGACCAAUUGCCCUCACAAGAAUUUGCAAAAUCCUUGGGUUUGUCAGGAACACCUAAAAUUAAAUUCAAAAAUAUGAAUGAAAAUGAUAUAUCAAAAUCAAAACAACUUAAAAAUGCUUCCAGAAACUUACUAAAAUUAUCAAAAGCAAAUGAUGAUGGUGAAAUCCUCGAGGAUAAAAAUAAAAAAACAAGAACUAAAUAUGAUAAAAUGUUUGAAAGACAGAAUCAAAAUGUCUUGUCAGAACAUUACUUGGGAAUUACAUCUGAACUGAAAGAUAUCAACUAUGAAUAUCAAGAUAAUAAAGAUAACAAUGAAAAUGAUGGUAAUAAUGAUAGCGAUGAUGACGAGGAUGAUGGCAAUUUAUUAAAAAUCAAAAGAAUUGACCAUAAAUUAGAUGAUGAUGAUAAUGACGAUUUAACUUCAUUUAAUGAAAUCAAUACAUCCAAAAGAGCAUCUAAGAAAGCAUUGAGCAGAAAAGCCUCAUCUAAAAACAGAGGAAAUCCAACAAAACUAGUAUUUGAUGACGAUGGCAACUCACACGCAAUAUAUGAAUUAGAGGAAGAAGAAGAUUUCCACAAAAAGGGAGAUGCAAUGGAACAGAAAAAAGAGUUUGUAAGUAAAGAAACUGUGCAUAUGCAAAGGGCUGAUGAAGAAGACAAAAUCGUGGCCAAAGAUAAAAGAGAUGCUAAAAAAAGGAGAAGAAAAGAGCUUGAAAGACAAGCCUUGUUGAAUGAAAAUGACUCUAAAUUAGGAGCUGGAGUGCAGUUUGUUCUUGGUGAAAACAGUGAAGAUGAGAAUGGAGAUGAAUAUCAAGAUGAUUAUGAAGAGAAUGGAAGUGAAAGUGAAGAACCCUUAUCAAAGAAACCCAAAUGGUUUCAGAAUAAUAAAAUUGGAGGUGAAAUCAAUGAUAGUGAAAAUGAUGAUGGUAUAGUAGAAUUUGAGAGGCCAGAGACCUUAGAAGAUUUGGAGGCAUUGACAGCCAAACUUAUGUAA